UUCGAGCGCAUCCAACAAUAUUGCAACUACGCAGAUGUUGACUUUAAAGACGAAAGCUACUAUGAGCCGGGCCACGUCGACUUGCGAGACGAAUCUGAAGUCCACCUGCUGGCACCUGGUAGACCUUCGGAGCUCCUUGAAGCUCCUCACGAUAACACUGUCUCUAUACACAGCCAGGGCCUCAAAUGGAGCAGAAAUGGUCCCCUGAUACUCAAGGACCUGCAUCUUGAUAUAAGCCAGGAAACCAUUACAGCAAUAACCGGCCCAGUGGGAAGCGGCAAGUCGUCACUUUUGAAUAGCAUUCUAGGUGAAAUGAUCGACGUCUCAUCGCCAGGAGGCCAACAGGAGGUAGGGCGGCGAUAUUGCAAGCAUGUGGCAUACUGCUCUCAGCAGCCCUGGCUAGAGAACACCACUAUUCGCAACAACAUACUUAGCUCCUCGCCCUAUGAGAAGAAAUGGUAUGACGAGGUCGUCACUUCUUGCGGCCUUGACGCCGAUCUGAAACGUCUUCAUAGAGGAGACAAAACGAACAUUGGCAGCAGGGGCCUCAACCUCAGUGGUGGACAAAAGCAUCGAAUAGCCCUCGCUCGAGCCAUCUACGCAAGAAAGCCAAUUGUACUUCUGGAUGAUGUGUUCAGCAGCAUGGAUGCCCAUACUAUCGACGUCAUCUCCUCCCGCUUGCUCAGUCGUGUAGGCCUUCUGCGCAGGCAACGAGCAACCGUCAUUCUGAUCACUCACCACCUCAAACUCAUGGCACUUGCGGACAUAGUUAUCGUCCUGAAAGACGGGACAAUCACAGCUAAGGAACCUCCUGCGUCUCUAAUUCAAAGCGACCUUGUCAAUCAACUUGGCUUGCAGCUCAUCAACAAUGAAGAUGCCGCUGAAACCGCCGAGCCGUCAAAAAUGCCAACGACGGAAGAAGUUUUCGGUAUGGCUGCCGACACGGCCACCGCCAUCUCUGAGGAGACGGAUGGUAGACAUACGGAUAUACGACGUAAAAGGGGCGAGCUGUCUGUUUAUGCAUACUACCUUGCCAACGCUGGCUGGUGGUCCGUUAUCGUGUAUGGUGUUGGUGUUGUAGGCUGGAUCUUUUGCAUCGAAUUCUCGACCGUCUGGAUGAAAUGGUGGUCUGCCGCGAAUGCUGCAGAACCAGACAAGGAUAUCUGGAUAUACCUUGGCGUCUACGCCUCUCUCGGUAUUCUGGGCACGUUGAGCGGCUGCAUAUGCGCUUGGGCCGCCUUCAUAUCCAUCAUCUCACGCUCGGCUGCUCGGCUGCACUCAAAUCUUUUGCAAGCAACACUCAUGGCCCCCUUCUAUUCUAAGUCGACGAGGGACAUUGGAGAGGUCCUGAAUAGGUUCAGCAGAGAUAUGGAACUCAUAGACAUGGAGCUUCCCAGCAACAUGGUUAAUUACACCUCCAGUAAGUUCACUCUCUGA